AUGUCCUUAAUUAAUUACAAACGACCGGAAAGUAAAAAUAUUAAUCUUGAAAUUGCGGCCUCUGCAAUUUCGGAACUGAUUCAAUUCCCAGUAAAAACCUAUUAUGAUUGUAUCCAAAAUGAUUUGGAUCUUACACCCGAACAAUUUAUUGAUAUUGAAACAGUUCAUAAAUCUACGUUAAUUGGGCAUUUCGGAAAGACCAAUCUCUUAACUCACAGUGAAAUUUUAAAUAAUAUAGAGAAUGAUCCUCCUAACUUAUCUGACGAAUUUCAAAUUUUUAUAGCAAAACCUGACGGUAAACUCAAUUGCAUGUUCGUCACACAAACCAUGACUAUAAGUGAAUUAAAACAAAAGGUUCAUGAUAAAUUUGAACUUCCAACUUCGAUGCUAAUUCAAUAUUCCGAUAAGCAGCUAGAAGAUGAAAUGACCCUUGGAUAUUAUCAAAUUAAUCAUGGAGAUACAAUAAAUGUUUCAUUUAGGUUAUUAGGAGGGAAUUGUGAUUUUCGUGUGAUUACGGAUGAAUUCUUGAAUUCAAAUUAUCAUUAUGACUUUACAAAUACGAACGAUGAUGGAAAAACUUUUACUCGAGGAAAUAAAUUGUAUAAAAGACCGUGUGGAUGGAAAAGGCUUGCAUUAAACGUAGAAAAGUUCGAAGAUAAUAAGUGGUUAGGUUGUGCAGGCAAUGAUCCUUUAGAGUGGCCAGUUUCAUAUCAUGGCACACAACACACGAAUGUGAAUUCCAUUGCUGAUGAAGGUUUUUUACUUAGUAAAUCGAAAAGAUUUGCUUUUGGCAAAGGGAUAUAUUCAUCUCCUGAUAUUAAUGUAGCAAUGCCAUUCGCUGGUCGAUUCAUUCAUGAUAAUGUACGUUACAUGGUAAUCUUUCAAAAUCGAGUUAACCCAAAUGAUAAAACUGAAAUUCCCCUCCAUAAUUAUUGGGUUACUGCUGAUGAUAGAAAUAUUAGACCAUAUGGUUUAUGUUAUAAAAGAGCUGAAGAAAAAGACGAUAUACUGUGGGUUCAAAAUAAUAUUUACCAGGUUGCACUGGAAAAAAUACAAAAACAUUUGGGUAAUGAUUCUGAUCCUCAAUUACGCGAAACUGUUACGAAUCUCUGGGUUAAUGAUACUUUUGAGUUGAUGGCUCCUAAUUUACAAGUAAAUGGAAUUGAUUAUAAUGUAGCGCUUAAAGGAAAUGAUGGAUUAUGUCAGAAAGUACAUGAAACUCGAGCACAAAUUGAUGAGGAAACCUUGAUUUUAAUUCAAAGGCGUAAAAUGUUACCUGAUCAAAUUAAGACUAUAAUUCAAGAAAUAUUAAAAAUACAAGCAAAUUCAAUUGAUAAUGUGGAUUUCAUAGAAAUGGAAGAAGAAAAAAUUGUCAUUGGUGAUGAAGAUAUAGAAAUGGGAGGAGUUGAAGAAUCACAUAACAAUACAUAUAAAGACAUUCAAGACAUUCAAGAUGAUAUUCAAAAAAUAGAACAAACCCGUCAAACAUUUAAUAAAAGUCUUUCUAUUUUAGCAGAUUUGAAGAAGUCGGUUUCGGGUAAUCUAUCAAAAUUGGAACGCGCUCAAACUGUGAGGAAAAAAAUAAUAGUUCGAAUUAGAACAUUUUCAACAUUAUCUAUUUCGGAAUUCAGAUUGAAUGAAAGAGAAAAUGCAGAAAAUGAAAAUCAUUGGGCUGACUAUCCAUUUCCAGGAUAA